AUGGUCGGAAGAAGCAAAGGCAGAAAGGGCUUGGGCACGGGAGGUGCCAAACAUCACCGGAAAGUUAUCCGGGACAACAUCCAGAGCAUUAUGAAGCCAGCGAUCCGCCGUCUGGCCAGAAGAAGUGGUGUGAAGAGGAUCAACGGGUUGAUCUACGAGGAGACUCGUGGAGUUCUCAAGAUCUUCCUCGAGCACGUCAUUCGCGAUGCCGUGACCUACACCGAGCAUGCUAGGAGGAAGACGGUGACCACCUUGGACAUGGUUUAUGCUUUAGAGAGGUAG